GAAGACUAUCCGUUCUGUUUGGUAUAUUGGACCCGACGUUGAGCCUGAGGUCAACUUGAGCUAAAUUCGCUUUUACUCGACAUGGACGCCGCCAAAAGACGAGAAGCUAGAAGGAAGAAGCUACUUGAGAGUUCUGAGGAUCGAUUCAAACGAAUUGAAAGGCUGAAAAACAGAUCUCAAGAGCAAGAGGAUAUUCCUUGUGACUCUGGUAAUGUAGGAUCAUCUGUUCAAAGUACAGUUGAUGAAUCUCCAGACCUUGGCCAAGGUGCAGCUAUAUUACAACCCCAAAAAUCAGAAGAGCAAAAGGCCUCAACAGGAAAACCAGAAGAUGGAGAUUCUCAGACUCACUCAUCCAAGUCAUCUUUACCUUCCCAUCAUGCAUUGGGUUGUCAAACUUGUCAUCAUACUGAUAGAUUUCAGGAAUCACCGGGCAGCAGUACAGAGUCACCGGUAGAACCGGAACCUAUACCUCGAGAUAUCAGCCAGGAUUAUGGUUUUAUGGAAGGAAUUUCUUCACAAACCAGGACGCAGUCCUCUGAAGAUCAGAAUCGCCAGUCCAAAGCUGUCGACCCAUCCGUCCAGAGUGUAGUCUCCCUCCAGACUUUGGUGUUUAUUCUCUUAGCAGUCAUCACCAGGCUCUGGCUUGUCAACCUAAUCCACGGACAGUCCAUCAUUGUAUUAUUCUUAGCAACAGAAAUACUGCUGUUUUUCAUUGGAGUAGAGCAGGCACCUGUUCAAAGUGGCCCUGUCAGGAUUCUAACCGCCCUUCUUGCCUUCAGAGGAGUUCCUCCAGCGACCGUACAGCAGGUCCAACAAUAUCUAGGAUUCUUUCAAGGAACUCUCAAAGACUUCUCCACCUUCCUCUUUGUGUUUGUCAUGGUGCACAUCACGAUGGAGUGGUCAUCUGUUCCAGAGCUUGACCAGCCCAGUCAUUCCCUACACUGCAACCUUGCUGUACUCCCUGUGCCAUGGCAUGGUUAGGGGAUCUGAAGCUUGUUGACCGACCCAAGUCUGUCCCUACACUGUUGCCUUGUUCUAUGCCAUCUAGCGAGCAACGGGUACAGAGACUGACCAUCCUGAGUCAGCAUCUGACAUAUGAUCAUGCUGUACUUCAUCCAACAUAUGUCAAGUGUAUGUGGCCAGAAACUGUCUUUGGAGUUGUUUCCAUGAAUGUGUCAAGUGCUUGACCAUUCAGAGUCAAUUUGUGUAGUGUGCUAUGCAUCAUACAUACCUCCCAAUGCAGUGACCAUCAAGUAUGUAGCUCAUUCCUUUGUAAUUAGCAUUUUGCAUGCAACAUUCUAAUGGUCAUCUAGUUCGUCUCUUGACCAGUCAACUAGUUCAUAUAGUGUUACAUAAUUCUGUUGUAUUUAUCAUAGAUUCUAGUUUUGGACUGGUCAUUUCAUCCAUUCUUUGACCAGUCAUUGAGAUCCCUAAGUGUUUUCUCAUUCCACUCUAUACAUAAUGCCAGAAUGAUGUAUGGACUUUACCUAGAGACUGGUGAGAGAAACCAAAUUGUCAGUAAGUCUCCUUAGUGUAGACGCAUUCUGCCUAGGUUUGAUUGACAAUACAGUGCCCACCAAGCCCUCUGAUUGGCUAGUUAUAAUGUAUGUAUUCACUUUGUAUCUAUUAAAUGAUUUCGGGGGGUUGGUAAACUAUGAAUUCUCACUAUUUUUUUUUUUACUUUCCAAGAGAUGGAGAGUUUGCAUACAUUGUAUGUUGUCAAGACUAUUCGAAUCUAAUGUCUGAGGUAACAAUAAGAUGUUAGCGAGUAGAUACUGCUACAAACUAAUUCUCUCUACUUUUCGAAUACUCCCCA